UGAAUUUGCCAUUUUUUAUUCCGACAAUGUCGACGCAAACUCAGAGUGCAAGACAUGCCUGCCUCAGGAUUGCUGGAUACAUAGGAAUAUUAACAACAUACUUCAUCACCCUUCGUGCUGUAUUGAAAAGAGUAGAAGAACACCUUCCAUCGAACCCUGCCUUGCAAUACCGAAUGGACUUCAACUCUAGAUAUGUCACCAUUUGGAACAUGUUAUUCCAAAUGACGUAUUGUAUACUUUCUUUAGUAUGCGAUAUAACGUCAUGGGCUAAAUCAGAAGCGAUCGUACCCGGGUGGCUAAGGAGGUACAGGUACACUUUGCUAUGCGGAGGAAUCUUGCCAUUGUCUUUUGGGUUAUCGUCAGCCUUCUGGCCUUUAUACUUCUACGACAGAGAACUGAUAUACCCCAAAGUGUCCGACCUGGUGAUGACCCAGUUCGACAACUACUUCAGCCAUUUGGGUGUACUCCUGUUCUCUCUCUGGGAACUGGCCUUAUUGCCAAAGGACAGCGUUUCGAGAAGCAGCGGAAAAUUCAUGCACAUAUCAGCAAUUGUAAUAUUGUAUGUUGCGACGACUCUAUACACAGGGUACGUCGACAUCAAGAGUUUCCCUUACGACAUACUGAAUGUCCUGCGUGGGACAGUAUGGUUCUGGGUGGUGAUGACUUUCGUCCCUUUGGUAAUCUGCUGCGGAUACCACCUUCAGUGGCGGUACAGAGACUGGGUCUGGAGCUGCAGGGAAGAGAAAGACAAAAUUAAAUAGAAUAUUUUAACCUUGGAUA